AUGUGCCUGCUGCUCACGAUGGUUCUCGUUCCACUGACUUGCUGCGGGAGCUUCGCUGGUGAGAACUUGAACUUCGAUGGGGUAGGAAGACAAUCUUUGCGAGCUGCUCCUUCCCCUCCCGCGGAGGGGCAGGUGAAACCCAAGGUGAACAUGCUGGAGGGUCUCGGCGGCACUUUCGGCAUGAGAAUCCUCCGAGGAUGCGCAGAGGGGAUGACUGAGAUGCUGGUGUCGACGUACGAGGAUGUUUUGCUGCUCUGUGAGCAGACGACGUUGGUUGUCAACAAAGUCUUGCAGGCCCUGAGAUACUACUUCCUCCACGUCCCGAUCUUGCAUCCUGUCAGGAGGUUGCUCAGGAUUGGCAGUGGGGGAGCGCUAGUCCCGCCUGCUGGGUCGAGUCAGAGCACGUGCGCAGAGGAGGGUAGGAAGACUAGGAGGAGGGAUGGAGCACGAUGGCAUGCCGUUAGGUGGACCACCUCAACAGGGAUUGAAGAAGGGGAGGAAGUGUCAGCGCAUGUACUACCUGCGACGCGGCACCACGUCUCGUGGAGGAGGAGGUGGAUCUUGGAAGGGAAGGGAAUGCUGUACGCGCUCUUUCUGCAGCUCAGGUGCAUUACGGCAGCCUACAAGUUCUCCAUGGACGUGAUUCUAUUCCUGCUGUUCGGAGGGAAGGCGUUUCCUACGUUUGGUGGGGGCCUGCACGACGGGCUGGCCCCUUUCGCACACCAUGGGGAGCAGGAGGCAAGUGAUGAUGGAGUGCGAGAGGACGGUGAUGUGACCGAGAUGGUGAGCAAACGAGCGCACGUCGUGCUGGCUGCUGACUCAUCCGAUGAUCAGGUGAAGCGGGAGCUGAGGUCGUUCCAAGAGGAUGCGAGCGAGAACCGGAAGAGGCUGCUCAUGCUGUCAAGGCUGGGGGAACAGCACCAGCAAGUGGCGCAGAGUCUGCAGGAGGAGGUGCAGGAGCACCAGGAGAGGCUGGAGCAGCUGAAGCGGGAGACCGCGGACCGGAGGGACUCGAAUCGCAGGCGGAUGAAGGAGAUGAUUGACCAGUACCAGCGAGAAGUGAAGCGAGGAUAUGAUCAGGCUCAGGAGGAGCGAGAGGAGGACGAGGACGAGGACGGGGACGGGGACGGGGACGGGGACGGGGACGAGGAGAAGGACGAGGAGAUCACUCUAACAUUUUUCUGCUUACAGCUGCAAGAAGCUCACCAGAAAAUCGAAGAGCUCGCAGAACAGAUCCGCAGGAUGAGCAGCAAGCAGGUCCACGUCAGUGUAAAAGAAGACCAGGAGCUGAGAGGGGAGGAGGAGGAGGAGGAGGAGGUGGAGGAGAAGGAAGCUGCAAGAUCCAGUGGAAGGGUCACAGCGGGGAAGCGCCAUGUUCAGAUCUCUACCACCACGAUAGAAGACUCUCCGACUGGGCCAAGCUUCUCCCAUGAUGUCCGGAGGGGUCACGGAGAGUCAAGGAUGAGAAACAGAGCGUUGGAAGAUCCAGAGAGAGGAGAGGAGGAGGAGGAGGAGGAGGAGGGGGACGAGGAGGAGAGGAUGAAUGGGGAGAGACGUCAUGAGGGGCAGCGGCAUGAAGGAGGGAGGGAGGAUGAAAAGGAGGAUACACAGACAGGAUCGGCCAGCUCUCUGCAGAACCGAGACCAGCCUCCCAUGUCUCCCUUCCCUCCCUCCUUCCCUUCCCCUCUUCCUCCCUCCCUCCGCGCUCCUCUCCCUCCUCCUCUUCACCAGUGGACGAGGCCGACGCCAAGCAGGGGAGAGUGGAAAGAGAGCGAAGCGAUGAGCACGACGUUCGUGGACGACUCGAAGAUCGACUGGUGGACGACGGAUGGGACGGGAGGACUCACCUCCCAGCUGACUCCCUUCCGACAGCUCUCGUCUCUUGAUGUCGACUCUCCCGUCUUUGCUGAGAGGAAGAGAAGGGGGCAGGAGAGUCCGAGGAGAGAGGAGGAGGAGGAGGAGGAGGAGGAGGAGGAAGAGGAAGAAGAGGAGGAGGACGCGAGGUCAGGGAGGAGGGAGAGGAAUGUCAGUGAGAUGAGCAUGCCUUCCCAUACCAAGACAACCAGGGCGAUCAAGACACCAAGUGGCGGCGAGGUGAAGAGAGUGAGAGCAGAGGAAGUGAAGAAGACAACGGGGAAGAGAGGGGAGGAGAGCGUGAUGUCGAACAGGAAGGAAGACAGGAAGGGAGCAAAGAGGGAAGAAGAUAGGACAGUUGUUUCCCCUCGGAUCUCUCUCAAUACUACCAAGAUGUCUGCAGCAGAACGACUGGCUGCUGUCCGCAAGGCCGAGGCGAUCAGCUUCGGUGACGACGCCCUGGCUGCAAAGAUAGAGGCCAUGCUCGAGCGGAACAAGCACCUCCUGACUCAGUCAGUCCUGAAGCCCCGCGGCUGGCAAGUCAGUGGGAAGCGAGCUGCGCAGGAUUUCGACCAGGAGCUGCGCAGCCGCUUGAGCGAGGCGUUUGCCGUAACGCCGGAGAGGACGCGAACAAGCCCGGAGCGAUCGCUGGAGGAAUCUCCUUCCAACGUUGGGAUAGUGCAGGAGGCGUACACCCCUGUCCGCCCGAAGCUUGUUCCCAUCUCCGAGAGGCCAUGA